AAAAAAAAAAUAGAGGGAUCAAAAGUGAGGGUAAAAGCAAAAUAUGAUGUGCUGGUUUGUGUUACCUUAUCUGGGCUUUGUUUCAAUGAAGAGAUUCUUAACACUUAGAACAAAGCUACUUGGGGGCCUUCCUUAAUUCACCUCCUACUUGUUUUUUGUUUUGAUUAUAUUGCCCAUAUCAUCUUCUACUCUUCUUGGGAUUUUCAAGCUCCCUUUUUCUUUUCUUUUUCUUUUCCCUUUUUUUUUUUGGUUUAUAUAUAUAUAUAUAUUAGUAUCCAAUUUCAGUUGUUGUGUAUAUGGAGUCUACAGCUAAUCUCCAUCACCACCAGCAUCAGCUUCAAGACCAGCUUCUUCCUUCUUCUUCUUCUUCUUCUUCUUCUUCUUCUUCUUCUUCUUCUUCUUCUUCUUCUUCUUCUUCUUCUUCUUCUUCUUCUUCUUCUUUGUCUAUUAUUCCUUCUUGUUUUGGCCUUGGAAGCAGCCAUGCUUGGACUUCUAAUAUCUCUAUGAAUAAUACUAGUUGCAUCUACAACCCAAGAAUAUUCAAUGGAGUAACUAAUUCUUCACAUUCAAUUAGAUCAGAUUGUGGGCAGAAAAAUACAAACAGUUCUUCAAUAAUGCUUCAAGAUUUGGGUAAUUAUGAAUGGAAUGGUGAUGUAAAUACAGGGAAUUUUUUCACUCAAUCUCUCCAUGAAGACCCACAAGCUGAAAAAAUCAAAGAAGAAAUCUCCUCAGCCAAACCUGACGAUCAAUCUUUCCCCAAAUUCACAGAAAUCUUGAACAACAGCCCUUCUUCAUGUACAAAUGUUCAAGCUUAUUUCCAUCAUUUUCCUUCUACAAAGAUCAAUAUUAACAACAACAAUGAUUCGGAUCUGAAUGAUCUCACUCACAAGCUCUUGAUCAAAACCCUCAUUUCAUCCGGCUGUCAAAUCAACGGUGCUGAUCCUAUCAUCUCAAGAUCAAAUAAUAUUAGACCCCAUUUCUCUCACAUAUACCCUAGUAUUAAUGUCUCUAAUUGGAACCUCUCAUCUCCGGCACCACCGCCGCCUUCAUUCUCGAAUUCCUUAGACUUGAACUUACAAACUCCCGCCGAUAUGUUGGCCGGAAAUUUCAGCCAGGAUAAUUUCGGUAUUUUUAAAGAAACACUCUCCGAUUUCCACGAUCAGAUUCAACCUCCGUCGGCAAACCUCCCAUGCAUUCCAAGUAAAAUGACAACAUUCAGCAGUGGUGAAGUAACUGAACCAAAACGACCUUGUAACUCCAUGGAGCCCAGAAUGAAUCAACAAUCUCCUCCUCUCAAGAAAUCGCGAUUGGACACACGCGCUCCUUGCCCACCAUUUAAGGUUAGGAAAGAGAAAUUGGGUGAUAGAAUUGCAGCCCUCCAACAAUUGGUGGCACCCUUUGGCAAGACAGACACAGCAUCUGUGUUAAUGGAGGCCAUCGGAUACAUAAAAUUCCUUCAAAAUCAGGUUGAGACAUUGAGCGUUCCAUACAUGAAACCCGCUUGCAACAAAACCACUAAGCCCACACAUCGGAGUUCGGUGGAGGACGGAAAUGAAGGGGCGCAAAAUCGAGAUCUCAGAAGUAGAGGGCUGUGUUUGGUUCCAUUGGGGUGCUUGUCUUACGUGACCGGCGACGGCGGCGGUGGCGGCGGAAUUUGGCCGCCAUCGGGGUUUAAUGGAGGAACUUCUUAAUUAAUAUAAUUAAAUAUAUUUAUUGGGAAAAAGUUUAAGAAAGCUUCUCUAAUUAAAGACUAGUAGGGUUGUAUGAAUUAAUGGAGCAAAUUUGGUCAGUCUGUUUAAACCAAUGGAUAGAUGGCAGAAAUGGACCAAGUUUGAUCCAUUAACAUUAAUCAGCUCAUGUAUUUGUUAAUUAUCCGUUGGAUACAGCUUCACAUUAUUCUUAUUUUCUGAUCUGUUUUGUUCCAUAAGUAAAUUUCCUUCCCUGGAAGGUAUUUUUAAUUUAAUUGGAUACAGAUAAAUUAGUAGUAAAAAA